AUGGCUCGUCAUGAACCAUAUCCCAUACUCGAUAUGCGUUCCCGCAGGGCAUCCCUUCGUCUCGACGCUGCUGCCGUCGUACACAAGUCUGACGAGGACCGUAGCAGCGACGGUUCACCCACUUCUGCCAUCACAUCUCGUUCCCCAACAACAAUCUCUUUUGACAAUCAUCAAUCUCCUCAGGAAUUGGAUAGAGUCAAGAGUGAAGACGAACUGGAGCUAGCUUCAGGUCCUAUACGGUUCCGAUCAGGAUCGAGCGCAAAAUCUGAUACAGAGAAACGCAAACGUUCUCGGGUUACGCAAGAGCAGCUUGUUCACUUGGAACAAUAUUUCAAAGCUGAUCGCUGCCCCACUGCCACUCGAAGACGUGAGAUCAGUGAACAAUUGGGUAUGCAAGAGCGUCAGACGCAGAUAUGGUUUCAGAAUCGCCGUGCAAAAGCAAAGCUGCAAGAGGGUAAACAGUCGAGCGUCACCGAAGUAUCUGAGCUGUCGCCAGAUACCCCGCCUGAGCUUUCAACUGGCUUUGAGGCGGAACUUUAUAACCUGAUACAUGAAGAUGGACCGGUGACCAUCAUUCCCUGCACGGAUUUAUCCAUAGGAUCGUGGAGGCGCAUCGCUACUCAGACUGACAAGCAUGCUUUACUGGCAUACGUUUGCGAAGUUAAGCGUUGCCUAACCUGGUACAUCAAGUCGGCUGGAUACGGGUUUAAGAUGGAAAUACCCUUCGACACCAUCAUCAACACCGAUUUCCAGAACGCGGCUCCAGGUUCUGGAAUGGCAUCUUUCAUCUUGUCCCAGCCGCCUGCUUUUUAUCUGGAGCAUGUAUCCUCUAGUUCUCCGGCUGAACGUUUGUGGAAGAACUGUGCUGACUGGACUGAGGGUCGGCAGGCCACGCACGUCCUGCGGCACACGCUCAUCGGGUCUGCAGUUCAGCUAAACCAUCUCUUGCGAGACCUUAACACUGGGUCAGUGGGAUCAGAGAUAACCCUUUACCAUCCGUCGGCCUAUCAAAGAUCAGCUCAGCUGUCUCCCCCGAUAGCACUUCCUACACCACCGUUGGGACCAUACGGCCAUUCGGCCCCUGUGAACGCGGAACGGUUCUGGAAACGCACAGAAUUCAGUCCGCCAAACCCAGAAUCUUUCUAUGGUGCCGAUGGGACUCGCCAAAUACUGCAACGUAUUGAACCGCGGACAUCGCGGUCUCCUCAUUCUCCACCUUACAAUGAAUAUCACCACCAAAACUAUACCUCCCAUUACGGAGAUGGGCCCAUUUUACAGCGACGCUCAGCUUCUUACUCUGUCCAGUCUAUUUCCCUUCCAUACGGCAAUGGUCUUCCCCCGCAACAAUUCGAUCAGGAUUUUGAGCAUAAUGCAUAA